AAGCCACACUCGCGCUCCUCAUCGGAAACCCUCGACGGAAAGUCCUCAGUGAAUGAAGUGUCAAAAGCGACGGUUACUCUUCUAGUCCUUCGGUCGGAGGUGUUGCGAGUGUCUGUGACUUUGUGUGCUGCUGAUUUCAUAGAACAUAAAUCAGAAAUUUAAUCAAUCUCACGUGCCGACUUGCAGUUUCCACAGUUUCCACAGUUUCGAGGCUCUUUCGGAGUGAUUAAGCGAACGCCAGCUUCGCACUACUUGGCGACCGGAAACGGAAGUUGUCGGGCCGGAAGUGCGGCUGGUUGUUGCUGUCCUCCCCCUCCUCCUGCUCCUUCGACUGCCCCGUGAUGUGGAGAGUGAGGCGAAAGUGUUGCUAAACACCGAGCUGGCAGCGGAAAUCGAGGAAGUGCUCGGACUUAUAAUGCCCCGACUUUGGCUCAAGCACACAAAAGCGGCGUAAUGCAGCGCUGAGGAUAAGGGAACAAACAAUCCAGGACGCUCCACUUCAGGCGAACGAAGCCGAACAAUCGCAGGCGAGGGCCCUCCACUUAACGACAAGCGAUUUCUAAACAGGACGAGGGCAUGGCGGACCUGGAGCGCAUUCGCCUCGUCCUUCUGGGCGGCGCCGGCGUGGGCAAGAGCUCCAUCGCGAAGCGCUUCCUGUUCAAGACCUACACGGACAAGUACCGCGCCACCGUCGAGGAUCUCUACAAUCGCGAGUACGACCUGGGGGGCGUCACCCUGAAGGUGGACAUUUUGGACACGUCGGGCGACAUGCAGUUCCCCGCCAUGCGCCGCCUGUCCAUCGCCACGGCCCACGCCUUCAUGCUCGUCUACGCGGCGACAUCAGCGCCCAGCUUCCAGUGCGUGAAGCAGUGCUUCGAGGAGAUCCGGGAGCAGCGCGGCGACUUCCAGGACAUCCCCAUCGUGAUCGCCGGGAACAAGGCCGACCUGGCCACCACCCACAGGGAGGUCAAGCUGGAGGAGGUCACCGAUUGGGUCUUCUGCGAGCUGCCGCGCUUACGGGCCAAAGUGCUGGAGUGCUCGGCGAAGGAGGACAGCAAUGUGACCGACCUGUUCAAGUCCCUGCUCUCCCUCUCCCGCUUCCUGCCCGCCAGCAGUAGUGGGAGCGGGGGCGGCGGGGGCGGGGGCGAGGCGGCGCCCAGCGGCUUCAAGCGCCGCUCGUCGGCCUACGUCAGCGCUUCGUCCAGUCGCAAUAAAAAUCGCAUGAACAGCCCCGCCUUGGGAGCCGCCGGCGGCAGCGGCGACAAGAAGGGAUCCAACCUGGUGGACGCCGUCGACGUGGCCAGUACCAGUGCGGAGGCCAAGCUGAAGCCGCGUUCCAGAUCACUCAUACGCCGUGCGUCACGCAAGACCAAACAGCAAAUCAACAACGCAUCCGACGACUGCAAUGUGCAGUAAACCAUUAUUUUGGCCGCCAGCGCCGCGCUUAAUUAUGUUUUUAUUUCGCUCCCUCACAAUGUGUAUUAAUAAUGGGCGCUAGUUAAUUAGCGUGCAUAAACAAGUGGCGCGGUGUUUAUGUUUUGGUGCAAUGAGCUGAUUAUUCUGAUAAUAUAAAACUCACAAAAAACCAACUUGCUCAAGGGUGAACAAGGCCAGUGGAGCGGAGUUGUUAGCGAUAAAUUUGCAGCUCGAUAAUAACUUCCAUAAUUUAUUACCAAUGAUGUGUGUAUCGAACCGGAACUAAUUACACGCGAAUAAGUAACUAGAGCUUCGUAACGAUGCCGUGAUGACACUGUUUUUUUUUUUAAAUAUUUAUUGUAAUUUUAAUUAUGUAUGUUAUUAUUUUCCUAAGUAUAAAGUCUUGAUCUUUAGUAUAACAUUAUUUUUAAGCAAUACUCAAAAUACUGGUUUAUAUCAACAGAUAUGAUUUUCUGCCAAGCAUAACGAUUUUAUGUCACUUAAAUCUAGUGUCAUCGGGCAUUAAAGUCAGGAUUUUAUUUCGACAUUGAGCCGACUUGCGAAGGAAUUAUGCACACAAAUCAAUUUGAGCUUCGGUCAUUACUGUUUAAAGGGACCAGGUUUAUUUAAAUUUAAAAUGAACUUUUAUACGACAAAGUACUUCGAUUUAAAUUUUCAUAAAUUUUAGCAUAGUCUUUGGGUACGCAAUCUGAAUUUAUUUGGGAGAGAAGCAGAGGACGAGAUUUUGAAUAAUCGCAAUGCCGCUCAAAGAGUUCCUUUUGAUGCGAAAUUAAUGGCUCAGUUGUUGUUGUUCGUUGACGUUGUUGUUUUUGUUUUUGUUGGCGUUGGCACGGGGGUUAUUUGAUAAAGGACUAUGUUUAAUUCGUUUUACGCUGAUGGAUUGUCAUAAUAUUCUGAUAGGUUGCAUAGCUUUAAGGUAAAUUCCAGAACGCUCAUUUAUAAAGCUCUAUCUGCACCCUUAGCCGACACUAUAGUUAAUAUUAAAACGUUCCGUAUCUACAUAUAUAUCAAUAGAGGUCUUGAUGGAUGGGUGAAGAUUGUUUGUAUUUGCUUUGAGCCGAGUACGCUCGAGUUGAAUCCGGAGAGAAAAGGCAAAAUGGGAGCACACCGGAACUCAAGGCAAAUUUUGUAAGAAUAAAGCAAUUUCGCGGCGUUCUCCUUUGGCUCCAGCCACGUAGAAUAACAAAAAACUUUAGCAGAGAGCACAAAACAAUUUACUAUGCAAAAGACGUAAUUGUAAAAUAAAUUUGAUGAGUGCGGGAACAGAGAAUCUCGAAAUGCUUAUCAAGGAUAAUACAGGGUGAACUUCUUAUGCUAAGUUGCCAAAUCAAAUUCCCCAUAAUGCACAUACUAUAUCCUGCGAGGAGAUUUGCGCUAGAGAAUAAUCGAUAAAUCCGUUUUUAAUACGCAUCUUUUGCAUGCGAGUACUUUCUCCUUCGGCACAAGUUACACUUGCAACGUGGGCGCGUGUUUGCCAGUGUGUGAUAAGAGUCCUUUGUGUUUGUUUACCGGAAUGUGCUUAGCAAAUAAGAUUUAUUUAAAAGACUACUUUUAGGCGUACUGAGUAUGGCAGGAUAUCCAGGGGAUCUGUAAAUGGAUGAAAUACGGCAUAUGCAAAGUGAAUUGUGAUUAAACAGAAUACAUCUAAACAAACGUAUGUACAACUAAAGAGGCAUGCGAACAAUGCACACAGUAAUUUCACUAAUGAAAUCAAAACCACUGUAAAGGAGUUGAGAAGGACACUUUGAGUCCACAUAAUAGUAGUGUUGUUGCUUUCGUCCAGGGAGGAUUGACAGGCCAGAGCUAGUUAUAUACACAGAAUUAUGCAUAAAUGUAUUCGAGCGUAUACAGUUUGGAUGUUUGUUUUUAAUAUAAGUAAUACGUUUAUACAUUGUUACUAGGUGUAGUUAAUUGACAACAAAUCUGAGAGCCCAGCCCGUAUUCGAUCUCUACUCAACAACUACUAUAUCAUCAACCAAUGGGAACACAAGGAGGCGGAGUGCGUGCUAUAUCGCAGUAUAUCAACUGACUUAUCCAACUUACCCAGUUUUUAACGGCAUACUCGUAUUUGUGUACGUAAUUCGAUUGUUCUACCAAAUGAAAGAAACCGAGGCGAAAGCUGUUAUUUACCUACUCUACAGAAUGGAAAGAUUGUAACCUUAAAUAGUCGAAAGAAACCAAAUUAACUCUCUAAGUGUGCGUAUGUGUGUCAUGUACUUGUAAACUAAUUGAAUUUCAAUUCAAAUUGAAUUAUUGACAAUUGUAUUAGCCAGUUAAAAUAAACCACAAUGCGUCCCAGGCGUCGGUGUUCAGUGUUUGAUUCCGUUGCAUAAUGAAUGUCAUUCAUUCCGCAUUCUGUUUCCAUCGGGCCCCGAAUCCCCUUGAUCACUGGUAGUCACCAGUGGCAACCACUCACCAGUCACCAGUCGGCAGUCACCAGUCGGCAGUCGGCAGUCACCAGUCGGGGAAACGGUACAGUGAGCAAUUUGCACUAAAUCAAUUAAAACUAGUGCAUAGCGCCUAUGUAGACGCACCCCAGUAACACCUCAGUAAACCGACCGCAGCAUCCAUUAAAAGUAACUAAUGGAAUUUCAUUCAAAUUAUAAAUUGCGUUUUCCCAUAAACUCUGCAAUUGCGUAAAUGCCGAUUGCCGGCUUAAAACAGCCGGGGUGCCAAUAUCACAGCCGGUGAUUCCAAAUUUCAAAUUUGCAUAUGCGUCUGGCGUGGAGGGUGUGGCAGGCGAGCAAGGCGUGGGCAAGGGGUUUCCCGGAGGCAGGCCGAUUUGGCAUCCGCUGCAAACAAUAAACAGCUUUGCUGGCGCGGUCUAAUGAGAUUGCAUUAUGCGCAAUUCUAAAUGCAAUUUACUGUGCCAUUGGUUUUGCAUUAAAUUGGCCUAAGUGAUGCAUUUUGUUUUGGGAAUGUGCAUAAGCUCCUAAUUUCAUUCUGCCACGUUUUAAGACUUAAGUACUUAAAAGAUUUAAUUUUAAUUUCGAAAUUCAACG